ACUGCCUAUUCGAAGUUGCUUAUAAAAGGGGAGAUGUAAAUCGUGUGAUCACACCAUGAUGUUCUUCCUGAGCUGGUUCUUCAUUCUUUUUCCAAUUUGUUUUGCUUAUGAUCCAAAAGAUAUAAACGUCGAAAAACCCAAUCUUCACGAAGGACUCGUAAGAGGAAUGGAGCAUUAUUGCAGAAUGUUAGGCGGCGGAAUCGAAAUUCCGGAUCUGAAAUAUGAACCAUCCAAAACUGAGUAUUUGAAAUCUAAACUCAAACAACACUCGGGUCAUUUACUUGCCCUCCAAGGUUGGAAUCCUAACUAUCGUAUAUGCUCGGCUGAUAUCAGUGAAAGUAAUGGUGUAACUUCAUGGCAUGAAGCAGGAACGAAGCUUGCCACAAAAUGUAAUCAAGAAGUGCAUACUCAUGAUGUUUGCACGAAUUUAUUCAAACGAUUUCCGUUGGUUCAAUGCUUAACUGUAGACGGUUAUCACCUGUACUGCGCACUCUCAAAGGAUAUGGACUGGAACACGUUUAAUCAAAAAUAGAAUGAUCACUAAUCCUUUUCAAGAUGGUUUUGUCUUCCAACUUUGUAUCUUGUACUUUGAAAGCAGUGGUGCAAACAUAAAGCAUUUGA